AUGAAGAGCCUUCUCUGCAGCGUCGCCAGCGCCUUGCUCACUCGCUCUGCGGCUGCACUGACCAUCUCGCAGAUCAAUGGCAACAAGUUCGUGUCGCCAUACAACGGCCAGAGCUUGACCAACAUCAGCGGGUUGAUCACUGCCAAGGGUCCCACGGGCAUCUUUGUUCGAUCCACGGCUCCAGACAAUGACACGGCCACGUCGGACUCGGCCUUCAUUUACAGCAGCAGCGUCGGCGGCUCACUCAGCGUCGGGGACAUCAUCACUUUCGACGCCAAAGUGACCGAGUACAGGUCCAGUGGCUCUACGUACCUCUACCUGACCGAGCUCACUUCACCAACAAAUGUCGUUGUCGUCUCCAGCAACAACACGGUCACUCCUCUGGUCAUUGGCGAGAAUACACCCAACCCACCGACGGAGCAAUUUUCCAGCCUCGACGGUGGCCAUGUCUAUGCCAUACCCAACGCUGUUGCAAACAUCUCGUCGGUAAACCCCGUGCUGGAUCCGGCGAACUAUGGCCUCGACUUUUGGGAGAGUCUCAGUGCUGAGCUCGUGACCAUCAAGAACGUGACGGUAAUCUCGCGUCCAAACUCGUACGGCGAGACAUGGGUGACUGGUGGAUGGCCGGCGACUGGCCGCAGCGCGCGAGGAAGCCUGACCAUGACGGCCCUGGACUCAAACCCAGAGGUGAUCAAGAUCGACGACCCUCUCGACGGCACACCCAACCCGACCGCGCCCAAGAUCGGAGACAAGGCGACCGACAUCACAGGCGUUGUCUACCAGCAAUUCGGUUUCUACUAUCUCAUGCCCCUCACGGCGUUCGAGCUCACCACCCUUGCCGAGGGAACAGCACCACCGACGACCCUGGAGAGCACGCGGUCCUGCGAGGGGAUCACCGUCGGGGACUACAAUGUGGAGAACCUUGCCCCGACCUCCGCCAACAUCGACAAGAGGGCGGACCACAUCGUCAACUACCUCGGCGCGCCGGACCUGGUCUUCAUCCAGGAGAUCCAGGACGGCAGCGGGCCAACCAAUGACGGCGUGGUCGACGCCAACGCCACCCUCACAGCCCUCACGGAUGCAAUCGCGGCCGUCGGCAACGUAACCUAUUCCUUUGUCGAGAUCGCGCCCGUGGAUGGGCAGGACGGUGGCCAGCCUGGCGGGAACAUCCGCGUCGCGUACCUGUACCGUCCUGAGGUGGUUAGUCUGUACAAGCCCAGCCCGGGCGACAGUACGACGGCCACCGAGGUCGUGUCUGGAGACUCGGGCCCAGAACUGACGCUUAACCCCGGUCGGAUCGACCCAUCCAACCCGUGCUGGGAUGCCAGCCGCAAGCCACUGGUAGCCGCCUGGCUCGCGGAAGGCGCGACGAAACCGUUCUUUACGGUCAACGUGCACUGGAGCUCCAAGGGCGGCAGCUCAAGCCUGCAGGGCGACUUGCGGCCGCCUGUCAACGGUGUCGUUAGCAACAGACUGGUCCAAGCGAACGUCACAGGCCAAUUCAUCGCCGAAAUCCUCGCCAUUGACCCCUCCGCUGCAGUCAUAGCCGCGGGCGACUUCAACGAGUUCGCCUUUGUGGAGCCGCUCACGGCCUUUGCGGAGAUCUCUGGCCUGACCGAGCUGGAUGACGUUGUCGGCACCCCUGUUGAGGAGCGGUACACGUACACUUUCGACAUGAACACCCAGGCCCUGGAUCAUAUGUACGUCAGUCCGGGGCUCGAGGAGGGUGCUGGGUACGAGCACAUCCAUGUCAACACGUGGGCGACUGAGGACGAUGUUGUUUCGGAUCAUGACCCGAGCGUUGCGCUCUUUGGGAGCAGCAUACCAAUUGGGGCGCGGCUCGAGGAGUUCAGGCGUCAGAGAGAGGAAAGACAUCGAAGAGCGUACGAUCUCACAGACUUAUCUGAGGAUUGUUUUAUAUUCGGCUAUGAAGAUGUGGCCAACCGUCUGGCGCGAGCAGCGGAUGGCGGAUACUGGGAUGAUGACAACGUCAAUCCUGAUAGUGAAGAUGCUGGCGCCUCUGCGCGCCCGCGCCCUGGGUCACUUCUCGAGUCGGAGGAACGGAGGCCAGGCCUGAUAAGGGAAUACUCUCCCCCAACUGAUGGGGCGGACAUCAGCGAUUCACCUCGCAGCGAGGAAGGGAAUGAAGGACUCGUGCCCAGCGAGGACGAGGACAAGGACAAGGACGACAUCUUCCAGAGCGAGAGCGAAGACAAAGGGAAGCUCGCGCCCAGUGAGGACAGAGAAGGACAGGAGCAGGAAGAGACCUCAGUGGUUUGGCAGCCGCUCUCUCUCCCAGGCCCUCGUCACCAGUGGCCAGCCGAUGGGUUCGCCGAUGACGACCCCGCCGCGGUCUACGUGGCUGAGAUCUUUUUUUGGUACAUGUGCCACUGCGUGAACGAGCUUGCUCCCGAGGAGAUUACGGUCUUCCGGACCCCUGAUUCUGAGGACACUGAUUUUCGUCCUUUCCAGCAGGUGCUAAAAUGCGGCGAUGAUUUUGCUGGGACCAAUUUUCAUUUUCAAAACCCAGACCGGCCAAAAGGACGUAUGAUGGGGAAAGUGGACUUCUCCAAGUUCGGCCUCCAUAUCGUCAUCCAGGCCCUACGGGCCGCAGUCAGCGGCUAUGAAGAUACGGUGUCAAUCCCGAGCCGUUGCCAAACUCGUGACCGCCUCAAUGCGUCGAAUGGGGUGGUCGAUUUCGAGCGACAUCGUGAGGAUCGGCAGACAUGCUAUGUUUUUGUGGAGCCUUACACGCUCGAGGGGAUCAGGUCGGCUAUGUCAGCCCUGAAGGCGGCGGCUCGCUAUUCCUCAUCUGGCCGUGUCCUAUUUUACGCCCAUCCAAUGACCCUUGCCGAGCGCAAAGGGAGAUUCGGCGCACUUCUUGAUGUCCAUCCAAUUAUCGAUUGGGAAUGCUGA